AUGACUCAGGUGGUGGAGGACCAGACACCAGACACAAAAACCAGCCACUGCCAAAAAGAUAAUGCUUUAUUCUGGAGGGAAAGCCAUAAUGCUGUUCAGUGUGUCAAAGAAGUGGAGAAGUGGCCUUCAGAGUCAGAAAUACAACACAGUGAUUCAGAGGAGGAAAACCAAGAGGAAGAGGAGUCCACCUCCUGUCCCACUGAUGCUAUGCAGGUGGGUGACCCGGCUGAACGCAACCAUCUGGCUGCACCCGACGGAGGCUGGGGCUGGGUGGUGCUCGUAGCCACCAUGUUGGUUCUGUCUCUUACGCUGGCGUUCCCCUCAUGCAUCGGUAUCUUCUACACAGACCUGCAAACAGAGUUCAACGCCACCAACACAGAGACCUCCUGGGUGCCGGCCAUCAUGACCGCCACGCUGCAUGCUGGAGGCCCUUUAUGCAGCAUGUUAGUGGAGCGCUUUGGUUGCCGGGCAACAGUGAUGGUGGGCGGGCUCUUAAGUGGACUGGGCAUGGCCUUUUCAGCCCUGGCCAGGACCAUCACCGAUAUAUACAUCACUAGCGGCAUCACAGGACUGGGUUUCUGCUUUUCCUUCCAGCCCUCAGUGACUAUUAUGGGUCAGUACUUUGAGCGACGCCGUGUCUUUGCUAAUGCCCUGUCAUCCACUGGCACUGCUGUGGGCCUGAGUAGUUUACCCCUGAUUUCCAAUGCCCUGCUCAGUCAGUUUGGCUGGCGUGGCAGCUUCCUGAUUCUGGGCGGGGUGCUGCUGAACUGCUGUGUGUGUGGGGCAGUGAUGAGGCCCAUUGCAUCAGGACCAAACAAACCCAGACACUCUCCGGUUUCAGAUAAACCACACAACUUAUCUCUGCAGCAGGAGACAAAAGGGCUAAAAGACAGCGUAAAGACUGCUCUUCGUGGCUUUAUAGCAUUCCUACACAGACAUAUGGCCUUUGACCUGCUGGUGAGUAAUGCUCGCUAUUGUGCUUAUGCAGUGGGUGUGACCUGGAUGACACUGGGUUGUGUGGUGCCUCUGGUCUAUCUGGUGCCUUAUGCUACUCAUCAUAACAUUGAGAUAGACUGUGCUGCCUUCCUGAUGUUCAUCCUGGGCUUGGUGAACAUCACAGUGCGACCUACGGCUGCCCUGGUCUUGGGCAUGCCACGCUUCAGAGACAGCAGCAGUUUUGUGUACGUGUUUGCUGGAGCUGUGCUUGUGAACGGGCUGAGUAACUGCAUCUGUGGGGCAUCGGCCUCCUUUGAAGCUCUCCUGGUGUACGUGGUGAUCUAUGGUCUGUCCAUGAGCGUGGCCGGCUCACUGCUCUAUACCGUGCUGAUGGACAUGGUGGAGAUGAGCCGCUUCCCCUCAGCCCUCGGACUUCUCUGUAUGCUGGAAAGUGGAACGCACCUAAUUGGUCCACCCCUAGCAGGCAUGUUGGUGGACUAUACAGGCCAGUAUUCGUAUGUCUUCUACGCGUGCAGUGUGUGUGUAUCCACUGCCAGCGUCUUUCUCGUGGGCUUCUUCUAUUUCCUGGACAGUAAGCGAGAUGACAAGGAGAAGAAGAAGAGCAUGAAGACGCUGUCAGAUCUCUAUCAGAAGCCUGGUGUCAUUCUGGACCCUGACUGCCAGUACGUCUCCUCAAAACGACGAGCAUCAGGAAACACAGUGUAUGUUACCAGUGUGUGA